AUGCCAGUGCUAACCGUGUUUUUAGCUAUAGGCGUAAGGGCAGUGGUGGACCUGAUCCAGUGGCAAAAAACGUACCAUUUUGCAUCCGGGAAGUGUCAAAAAAUGUAGCGAAAUACCUCUCUCUCCAACUAAAAAACUCCGAUUUCAAAAGCGCGCCCGCUAUUUUUGUAAGGGAAUGGGCGCGCACUUCAAAACGGAGUUUUUCCACUUGACCAUGUAUGUACUUGGAGAGGGAAGCAUUUUGCCACAUUUUUGAUACUUCCCGGAUGCAAAAUGGUACGUUUUUUGCAACUGGACCAGGUCCCCACUGUAAUGACAAUUCAGAUUCUCUGUGUGAACGGUGUUCCAACUGAAGAAAGAGAGUUUGUCUAUCGAAAAGGAAGCUUUUGUGUAGGAUGUGGUGGUGGUAGAAGGGUAAGUUAAUGUUCUUCAGAGAAAACCCAACAAAAAAAUUUGUAACCACCGACUGAAGAGGCCCCACAACCCAAUUUCAAGCCAAAAUAGACCUUUUAUAACGACAAAUUCUUUGGCCCUAUGCGAUUUGUUGUUCAAAGGCCUGACUGCACUUUACGAAAAACAGUUAUUUAUUUCAGCCUUCAAUUCAACAUGCGCACAAGACUAACGUCCUCUUCAGCCAUCCUAAGUUCUUGCGUCAAGGAAACUACCUAAAACUGGAAAACGAAAACGAUCAGCCAGUCGCCAACACGUUCGUUCAAUUAGUCGAUCAUUUCAAUGCUACUGAUAACAGGACAUUUGCACAGGUAUUGCCCAUUGACCAUCGGCUAUAAAUUGUAGAAAUACUACUUCAACAACGCUUACUACAAGCCCGGUGGGCCUUUGUUCCUCUACAUUGGCGAUGAAGGUGAACUGGGAAGUGAUGAAAUUUUCAACGAGACCAAUCCCUUGGUUCAGUAUGCAAAGGAAGUCAACGCCGGUCUUUAUGCACUGGAACACAGGUUCUACGGCCAAAGCCACCCGACCAGGUAUGGCAUACAGAAUAAAAACACUAAAUGAACUGCUUUAGCGACCUUUCCGUGGAAAGUCUGAAGUAUCUGACAUCCCAACAGGCUCUUGCUGAUCUUGCUUAUUUUAUUCAAACUGUCAAUGCUGAACAAAAUUAUACAAAUCCAAAAUGGAUAACUUUUGGCGGCUCUUAUUCUGGUGCUCUUUCGGCUUGGUUCAGACAGAAGUAUCCGGAGCUUACAGUGGGGACAGUUGGGUCGUCCGGCCCAGUCGAACCGAAGGUAGAUUUCUUUGGUAAGCUUUACAGUACAUCUUUGGAGUGACAUUGCCUUUAGAGUACCUGCAAGUGGUUGAGAAUUCAACCAUAAAAUGCCAUGAGAAGAUUAAAGAAGGCUUUGAUGUCCUCCAGAAUCUUUUGACAACUGUGGAAGGUAGGAGGCUCAUCAAUGAAAAAUUAGUGUAAGAUUUUCUAGCAUUGUCCUAAAGGUCUUUUUAUGUACUUACCGAAGGACCACGUAUUUGAAAGAAUAAUAUUUGCAGAAUGAACAGCAGCACCAAUAUUGUAGGCUCAAUCGAACCGCUCAACGAAAUGCUCUUAUAUAAGCAUUUCUAUCAUCAAUUUUCCAAACGAGUGCAAUAUGGGGAAGAUGUAAGAGCUCUCAAUUAGUUCAAUUACUUCAAACUUCCUUCAUGGUAAUAGUGACAAAAUUCAAAUUCCAGAUUGCGGGGCUCUGUGAACUUUGGAACAACGACACUAUCGAUGUGUUGGACAAGUUCGAACCAGACUACACAAGGUUCUAUUUUGAUGGAUAUAUAGUGAUACUAAACGACACUAGUUACACUAUGGCCGAGCUAACAAAUCGUCAAUGGAUUUGGCAAAUCUGCAACGAAUUUGCGUUUUUUCAAACCUCUGAUAUCGGUUACAAUAUGUUUGGCAGUGGAGUACCGUUGAAGUAAGAGAGAAAUGCAACGUUUUUACAGAGUCAGCAACUACCAGAGUAAUAGAAAAUUGAAUGUCUUUAGCUUGUACAUUGAGAUAUGUCGGCAUGGUUUUGACACUUCCUUUACACGAGAUAAAAUCGAAGCCAACGUCAAGAAAACGCGAAGAUACUAUGGUGGAUUACGCAAAUACAAGGCCACGAAUCAUCUACAUAUUCAAAGCACCGUCGAUCCAUGGCACGUUUUGGGAUUCUACACUGACAUUGAAGAUCAUGGAGAAGACGUGAGGACAUUCUUGGUCGAUGGGGCUUCUCAUUGCGCUGACCUUCUCCCGGAGACACCAGAAGAUCCGGAGGGAUUGAAGGAGGCCAGGAAACUUACUUUAGAGACCAUCAAACGCUGGAUUACUUGA